CGGGAGCGGCGACGGGGGCCGGGCCGCCGCGUGACCCGCUGCAGUCACGCCGUGCUUAAUCAUAAUUAGCUUGUGCUCCAGGCUGGUCGCGUUCCCGUUCUCCCAGCCGGCGACCCCGGGGAUUUCUCUUAUGGUGGCUUUCUCUGACAUGCCAAAGCUACCUGAUUAUUCAGAACUGAGUGACUCUUUAACGCUUGCCGUGGGAACAGGAAGAUUCUCGGGACCUCUGCACAGAGCAUGGAGAAUGAUGAAUUUCCGUCAGCGGAUGGGAUGGAUCGGAGUGGGAUUGUAUCUGUUAGCAAGUGCAGCAGCAUUUUACUAUGUUUUUGAAAUCAAUGAGACUUACAACAGACUGGCCUUGGAACACAUUCAACAGCACCCAGAGGAGCCACUUGAAGGAACCACAUGGACACACUCCUUGAAAGCGCGCUUACUCUCCCUGCCAUUUUGGUUUUGGACAAUUAUUUUUCUGAUACCUUAUUUACAGAUGUUUUUGUUCCUCUAUUCUUGUACAAGAGCUGACCCCAAAACGGUGGGCUACUGUAUUAUCCCCAUAUGUUUGGCAGUUAUUUGCAAUCGCCACCAGGCAUUUGUCAAGGCUUCUAAUCAGAUCAGCAGACUACAACUGAUUGACACAUAAACACAGUCACCAUUUUUUCCUUGUGAUUACAAAACUGCCAGUACUAUAUGGAACUUGAUCACAAGACUGCAGUUUUUUCACAGAUCUCAGGAAGUUGUGGUGGGGCAGAGGCUUUUUAAAAAAUGUGACUAGGGAGAUAUCUUUAUCUGAAUAAUAAUGAAUUUUUAGGUGAAGCCUGAGGUACAGUGCUACAAAAUCAUGUUGGUGACUUCAGAUUUUGGAAGUAAAUUCAUGUCUGUUAUUUGCAUUCUUUAGAAACUUGAAUAAGUUCCUAAAUUCAUAUUUUUAUUCUACUGUGCAACAUAGUGAUGGUUCAGAAAAUUUUCCUUUCGGGAAAAAAUGAAUACGAACAUUUCCAUUGUGUUUAAUAUGUAAAAAGGUCCAAACAUGGUCAUAAAAUUUAAAUUUUAUACAAUUACUUGGCUUGCUUUAAAAUUCUUCAAACUAAAAUACCAAUUCAUCCUUUCCUGAGUAAGCCAACUGUUUAUGCUCAGUUGCUGUCCACUUGUGAGAAACUUGACAUAAGAUUAUUGAGGUGAUUGCUGUUCUGAUAAGCAGAAUUUGUUCCUCCUUUUGGUAAUGCUACUGAUUUUAUUUUAUUUUUUA